CAGGAAUUUCACUAUGGACGACAGCAUCCUCACAGGAGCUGGAAGAGGACGGAGAAAAAGAGGAAGUGCAGACAGAUUAAAGUUGCAGCAGUUUAAAUGAUGAAGAUAUACCAGUCAGAGCAAUGACAGAGACACAAGAGUGGGGGAGAUAAUCAACACUGGAGAGACACACUCUGACUGUACGUGAUCAUCAGCCACCCUGUCUCUAGUAUGGAGCAAGAAGAAGUGGCAGCCAGGGAGGAUGCAGACUUACAACUGAUGUACAGGAUUGAGCGUCCAGUCUACAAUGAAGCCGCCAUCCGGUCGCAGGUUCUCGACCGCAAAGAAAAGUCCACCACCCUUCGAGAGAGGCUGGCACAGCAGUUCCGGUGUUCAUCAAAGAGGGCCAAGGCAGCAGCUCUGAGCUUCCUGCCGAUUCUAACAUGGCUGCCAUCCUAUCCAGUCAAACAGUACUUGUUUUCGGAUGUAGUCUCAGGUCUCAGCACGGGAGUGGUGCAGCUCCCUCAAGGUCUAGCCUAUGCUAUGCUGGCUGCUGUGCCUCCAGUUUAUGGUCUGUACUCCUCAUUCUACCCCGUCCUACUCUACACCUUCUUCGGCACAUCCAGACACAUAUCAGUAGGCACCUUCGCAGUUAUAAGUCUGAUGAUUGGGGGUGUUGUCGUGAGAGAAGCCCCAGACUCGAUGUUUUAUGUCCUGCCUGCAAACGGAUCCAACAUGUCUGCUGUUCUGGACGUGGAGGCUCGUGACGCCAGGAGGGUCCAGGUGGCCGUAGUGCUCACGACCCUGGUGGGAAUCAUCCAGAUCAUAUUUGGUCUUCUCAGGUUUGGCUUUGUGGCGAUCUACCUCACAGAACCCCUGGUGCGAGGCUUCACCACAGCAGCGUCUGUGCAUGUUGUCGUCUCCCAGUUAAAGUACCUGCUGGGGGUGAAGACACAGCGUUUUAGUGGGCCCCUCUCUGCUAUUUAUAGCGUCAAGGCUGUGCUCAGUGACAUCACCAGCACCAAUAUCACCACUCUCAUCCUGGGCCUUGUGUGUAUCGUCUUCCUGUAUGGUGUGAAAGACAUCAACGAGCGCUUCAAAAAGAAACUGCCCAUUCCCAUUCCUGGAGAGAUCAUCGUCGUCAUCGUGUCAACCGGCGUCUCGUACGGCCUGUCUUUGUCAGAAGACUACAAUGUGGACGUGGUGGGGAAGAUACCAACAGGGCUUCUCCCCCCUGCUGCACCACAGUUCUCUCUGUUACCCAGUCUGGUCACAGACUCCUUCGCUGUGGCCAUUGUAGGAUUCUCAAUGGGCAUGUCACUGGCCAAGAUCUUUGCCCUGAAGCACGGGUACAGUGUGGACGGCAACCAGGAACUGAUUGCUCUCGGUCUGUGUAACCUCAUCAGCUCUUUCUUCCAAACCUUCGCCAUCACUUGUUCCAUGUCAAGAAGCCUGGUGCAAGAGAGCACAGGAGGAAAAACACAGAUCGCAGGGCUGCUGGCGUCUCUCGUGGUGCUGCUGGUGGUGGUGGCCAUCGGUUUCGUCUUUCAGCCACUCCCUCAGACUGCGCUGGCUGCCAUCAUCAUGGUGAACUUGUUGGGGAUGUUCAAACAGAUCAGAGACAUUCCUGCUCUAUGGAGGACCAGUAAGAUUGAGCUGGCCAUCUGGCUCGUAGCCUUUGUAGCAUCUGUGCUGUUGGGCCUGGAUUACGGCCUCCUGGUGGCAGUCGCAUUCGCCAUACUAACAGUCAUCUACAGAACACAGAGCCCCAAAAGUGCUGUCUUAGGCCACGUUCCAGGUACUGGGCUGUACUGUGAUGUGGAAGAGUAUGAAGAGGCUGCUGAGUACGAGGGGAUUAAGAUUUUCCACUCCAACUCGUCAAUCUACUUUGCCAACAGUGACCUUUAUGUGAACACUCUCAAGGAGAAGACAGGCGUAAACCCUGAACACAUACAAGCUGCUCGCAAAGCCAUAAAAAAGCAGAAGGAGAAGAAGGCAAACAGCAGCAACAACUCUCCAUCCAAGAUCUGCGUCAAAUACAAGAAGGAGGAAGUGACCCACGAGGUUGUGUCCUACAACAACAUGGCGGAGGAGCAGAGAAACGGGAACAGAUGCAGCAUGUCAGCCUCGGAGCAGUCCAUCUUCCUUAAUCCCCCGAGCACCGUCCACUUCAUCAUCCUGGACUGGACGCCCGUCAACUUCAUCGACUCUGUGGGAGCCAAAGCCAUCAAACAGGUCAUUAAAGAAUAUGCAGCCGUGGAUGUCCUGGUGGUUAUAGCCGGCUGCAGCAGAGGCCUACUGGUUGAGCUGGACACCUUACAGUUCUUCACGGGGGUCAUGACCACAGACAUGGUGUUCCCCACAGUCCAUGACGCCGUGCUACACUGUCAACACUCUAACUCCCACCCAGCAGCUGCUCCAGCCAAUGAAACGACCUGACGAGACGUCAUUGACCGAGAUCGAACCGCAGCGGCAGUCCUGACACAAAACAGCUGAGGCAAACCCGACAAUAGGAGUGAUGGGCAAUCAGCAAUCAUUCAGCACAGUGGUGCUUGUUUUCCUUCUCAUGAAGCACUCCAGAUUUUGACAACCUUGUGAAAGUGCCCAAAGCAGCAAGACAGAGGGCAGCUUUGAGGCUUUUAUCCAAUCAGAAAUCCAGGACUAAGUUUCCAGCUGAGGAACCUACAGCCUUAUUCCUGUAUAUCCUCUCUCUCUCUCUCUCGGGAGGGUUGCACUUUUAACAUAUUUUUGUAAUUGUGUUUAAGUUGUCACUGUUCUGCUGGGAGAACUGAGAUUUAAAGAUAAGCUGCUGCUGCUUUUAUCCAAGAAACUUGUGAAACAGUCCAGAAGCUGUCUCUCAUCAUCAUAAUGCUGGUAUCAAAUGUUAAUGGUCACUGAGAAGUUGUGUACUGAUAGUUAAUAUGGUUUCAGCUGUAUUUAAACCAGCAGAAAUAACCAUCACUGGUCACAUGCGGUAUCAUAUUUGUUACAUUUUCACUGCUGUUUGAGUCUGAAUCCAACACAAAUGUUAUAUAACAGUCUGUC